UUAAUGAGGCCAUCCAACAUUAAAAGAAAUACUAAACCCAGAAACGUGAUCUUCCUGCGAUUUAGCCCUUUUGCACUCAACAGAAUCUUCAACCUAUAAUAUGUAGCCCUUUACCCCUCUUCCCUCUUUCCUGCACCAGCUGCCCCCAUUCACCUGAUACCACUUCGGAAAAAAAAAAAAAAAAACCAAUGCUUACAACAACUUCAUAUUCAUGGACAUUGCCUGCUACACUUGUUUUUUUCCUUUGUCUCCUCUCCUGCUCUGAAGGUUCCACAUUCACCAUAACAAAUAACUGUCCCUAUACCAUAUGGCCUGGUACGCUGGCAGGAGCAGGGACUCCACAGCUUCCAACAACUGGAUUUCAAUUAGACUCAGGUCGAAGUGUGAGGAUAGCAUCUGUUCCAGGUUGGUCAGGUAGAAUAUGGGCACGGACAGGAUGCAACUUUGAUGAGUCUGGAGUUGGUACCUGUGAGACCGCGGACUGCGGUGGAAGACUUGAGUGUGAUGGUAAUGGUGCCACUCCACCUGCAUCACUCUUUGAGAUAACCCUUGGCAAAGGCAAUGACAAAGAUUUUUACGAUGUCAGCAUUGUUGAUGGCUACAAUUUGCCUUUUGUAGCUCAACCCCAUGGAGUAUUCGGUGCAUGUAAUGCCACAGGCUGCAGUUCAAAUAUAAACAUGGGUUGCCCCAAAGAACUUCAGGUGGUGGGUGCAAAUGGAGGAAAUGAAGGUGGAGGGGGAGUGAUAGCAUGUAAAAGUGCAUGUGAAGCAUUUGGCUUGGACCAGUUCUGCUGCAGUGGGGAGUUUGCUAACCCGACCACAUGCCGACCUUCCUUUUAUUCAUCCAUUUUUAAGAGAGCCUGCCCAAGAGCUUAUAGUUAUGCUUUUGAUGAUGGCACAAGCACGUUCACAUGCAAGGCUUAUGAUUAUGCCAUUAUAUUCUGUCCUACUGGUAAUGGGGUGAAGGGCUCAGGUGGUACACUUUCACCUCCAUCAAUUCAAGAUCCCAUCAGCGAGUCACCUCCAUCAAUUCAAGAUCCCAGCAUUGAGAAGGUUCAACAGAUGGUUUCCUCCUCAAACAUCAUCUUACCACUUCCAAUGCAGAUCCUUCUCAUCCUCGUAUUGCUUUUCUGAACAACAAAAGCAACUUCUACACAGAAAGACAUUACCUCUUCCUCUGAUAGUAAAUAAGGUUAAGAUUCAUUUUAAUGAAUUGAGAAUGUAAACACAGAAUUUGCAGCCAAGUCCAAGCACAGGAGGUAGUCUAACAAGGAAUUGUUCGGUCCUCAAAGGGCCAUAUAUGUGAUAAAAAUGACCUAGAGUUCUAGUUGAUCUAAGGAGAAAUGAGAAUAAAGCAACCUAUUUAUAUAUUGUUGUUGAUAAAGAUAUAAUAACUACAAUUUUCCAAA